AGGCCAUCUGUCAGCUCUAGUGAGUCAUUGCAGGCCAAAUCCUCUCAUUCCGAGACUCACCAGGGAAUGCACAGUAAAUCUCACGCUAUUCUGUAUCUGCCGGAUCUGCCGUUGUGGAGAGAGUCGUCCAGCAACGGGGUAUCUGUCAUGCAUGUGUACAACUACAACGCAAGUGCAAGCCCACCGACCUCGAGAUGGACGCGCAACACCCUGCGCAACAAAGUCAACGGACAGGUCCGCGAGCUUUUCUACCGCGAAGGUGACGUCGUGUUCUACGCGAGGACGUUCAAGUUCAUCAAGGGUCCUGAGCUCGUGGGCGUCCAGAACCUUGGUGACCUCAGGGCGAAGGAAGGUACUCCAAAGAGGCUGGCGCGCCGGACUCUGGAGACGUCGGAGAGGAACGAUGCACUCUUCAGCGCAGUAGAGAGUGCGUAUGCGACGGGCGUACUGCCAGUCGCACUGAUCGGGCUACAGUGCAUUGGCUACAAAGCGGGCUUCGACGAACGUCUCCGAGCCCAGUAUAUGCCCAAUCUGACGAAGCCUUCCGGUGUUGACGCGACGCUCCUCUCUAACUCUGUCAAGUCGGAGCCAGAGUCAACGCCCAAUGCUCGCGUCUUGGAGAAGCGCAAGCGCGAGACAGCAGCAGCUGCGGAUCCACGGAAGAAGGCGAAAACGGGUGCGACCUCAGCAGCGACAAAGGCGGUGAAGCCAGGAGUGAAGGUGGAGACGAAGCCGCCAGCCGCAGUGAACCAGUCCGAAGUGGCAGAUUCAGCGGCGAGAAUACGCGGGCGAGAAUAGGGGCAAGCACAUGGGAAGGUUGGGAAGCAUGUAUGGGCGUAGUUACUGCCUGUCAUAAACUCGCGUUACGAUGUGAAUGUGUAGUUGUGGGACAAGUGGCCGUCAUAUGUCGAAAUCCGCCAUAUCGAGG